AUUUAUUUUCCUGGUCGUUACUAUCCGUGUGAGUAAGCAAUUACAUACAGAAUGUUUAGCACCGUCACAAAUACUUUCCUAUCUCCAUUUCCAGCACAUGUUCCUGCUAUUUAGCUAUUUCACUGUGAAGAGAAGCUAAGCAAGCAAGGAGAACGCGGCUUCUGUCUGUAUAAAGGGACUCCUGAUAUAUUCAAUACCUUGUAGACAUUGAUAACGUACCUUAAUAAUUGAGGUUUUGGCAUUCUUGUUACAAAGAAAUUGAAGAAAGUUUUAUUUCUCAAAGAAUUCCUCUUGUGUAUUUGAAGAUAUUCAGCAUCAUAGACUCCUUGAUAAUAUGGAUAAGCAGUGGGAAGCAGAUAGACGUGGGGCUAAAAGAGCCGAGGCAAGGCUCAGUAAUGGCAUUCAUGACAUUGAAGAAGCUCAGCACUACCACAUGAACAGCAUGACUAGAGAGCAAAAACGACUGCAAAAAGAUCUCAUCAGGAUAAAACAAGCUACUGCUAAGAAAAUCACAAAUCCCAGAAAUGUAAAACAAAACUUUAAAAGUGAAAGUUCACAGAUGCCUGGAACAAUGACUGGGAAGCGGGGACAACCUACCAGUCUGGACCUUCAUGGUGUAAGUACAAGAAGAAACCAACCAGUAUCUUCUCCAGAGAUACCUGUUGUGGCAUCUGGUUCAUCUAUGACUCUUCAAAUGCGUAUCAAUGACUUCAUGGAUGGUGUUGGCAACAGAAAAGGGAAGACGGAGUCUCUGUCUGUACAAAGAAAUGGUGCUGAACCCUCACUUUCUGGUCCCAAUAUGAUAGAUGCUAAGGUAUCUGCUGGCAGGAGAUUGAGCAUUUCUUCAGUGACUGACGACACAACCUCCAAGAAUGAUGUGCGAGCCAAAUCAUCUGGACUUCAACCCGAUACAAGCGAUAAAACGUUUGGCUCAACCAGAAAGUCUGUAACAGAAGAUACGCCUUCAAAACAAGCACUUGUAAGCCUACAGUUUGUGAGGCAAAGGCGCAGUUCUCUUUUCAAGGAAAAGCCAAUUUUUGAUGAGGAAAUCUAUGCUCCAGAUGGUGCACUCCGCACCCUGCACACAAUGCCUGAUUUUAUGGAUUCCCUGGAGGAAGCCAAAAGUGCAAGAUAUAUUCGGCAUAAAAUCAAACCUGAAGCAGAAAAAGAACUGAGUCUUGGUGAAAUAUUCCAAAAAGAUAAUACUGAGGACUUACCUAAAGACGAAAUGAGUGAAAUUGUAAUUUAACCAUUAGAGUGAAUGAACCAGUGACUAAAAAAGCUUUAAUAAUAAUCCAAUUUAAAAUAAAUCUCAUGAUUUUGCCUCUCAUACAUACAUAUAUAGUUCUAAUCUGGAUGUCCUGUCUAUAGAAUUGGUUCAUUUUAUACAGCAUUGUGAACCAAAAAAAAAAAAAAAACAGUGAUUUUUAUAUACAUCAGUAUCCUCGAGCCAAAACAAUGCCCCAUUCAGGGCCAGAUUCUCAAUGAGGCAGAUAGAUCUACAGCACCUGGCCUCCAGACAGAAAUAGGCCCAUCCUUAUGACUACAUCAUAUUAAUCAGCAGCCCAGCUGGCCACAUAAAAAAAUCAUUACAUUUUCUACUUUUAUAUAUUGAGGGGGACAUUGGCGCUGAUAAUGAAAGGGGUCUACACAUAUCACUGGCCAUGCCCACACAUCACUGGUCACGCAUCCUCUGUGUCUCACAAUAGGCCCCUGAACAUUCUCAGUCCUAGGCCCAUGUUGCCCUUAAUACGGCUCUUGUCCCAUUGUGUUUCUCAAACCACAAAAACAUGUGUCUUACUCUAUAAACAGCAAAGUAGAGGUAUGCAUAUUCUCCACAUGCUUUAUGUCCUGAGUGUAAAUACAUUUCUUGCAUAGGUCUGCACCUUAUUUGACGAUGUACUGUACAAUUAAAUUGAAUAAAUGGAACUGCACAGAU